AUGGAGUCGGACGACGAUGGUGACGACAUGGCGUCGCCGCAACCGCAACAAUCCACGUCAAAGACGCCGAAUAAUUCUCCCGAAGAAGAGUUUAUUUUAUCUCUGGAAACUAUGCCAGAAUUAUGGGAUAAAAAGUGCAAUGAUUACACAAAUAAGUACAAACGAAGAAUCGGGUAUGAGAAGCUCCAAAAAAUUUUAGUGAAAAUUAAACCACGUACCACUGUUGAAGAUGUAAAGAAAAAAAUUAAUAGUCUGCGGUCAAAUUAUAGAAGAGAAUUAAAAAAGAUAGUCACUUCAAAAAGGUCAGGUGCUGGCACGGGUGAGGUUUAUGUACCAAAAUCGUGGACGUUUAAAUAUCUUACAUUUCUACAAAACGCAGAAAAGCCUGUUUCUGAGAUUUCACACACGGAAGAUUCAGAUGAUCCAUCUAUGAUACAACAACCAAAUGAUACUCAAGAAGAAUCGCGGCAAGUUUCGAGCCAAGAAAAUAGUUCUUCACUGUCCUCUAUCAAUGUAAUGCCAGCGCCUGCUCAAGUUAAUGAGGGAUCUAAUGCAAAAAAGAAAAAAAUAACAAUCGCUCGUACUCAACAUGAGUUACUAAAGAAGGCUUGCACUUACUUAUCUCAACCAGAGAAAGCAUGCAGUUCAGCAGCAUUAGUCUGGUCUGAAAAACUUGAACAAAUGGAUCCAAUACAAAAAUUAUACGCCGAAAAGGCCAUAAAUGAUAUUUUGUUUGAAGGGCAGUUGGGGAAUUUGAAUAGAUUCUCUGUAAAAAUUAACCAAUCGGUAUCCGAAGAUAUAUUGCCCUCUUCAAAUUCGUCGUCACCAGCAUAUAUACACCGUUCUUCAUCAGCAAGACAUGCACCGUCGCCGCGUGAAAAUAUCUAUACUUACACACCAUCACUUCUAGCGGCUGAACGUUCGUCAGCACCAGCAAAUAUACCAUCGCCUCGUGAAAAUUGCUCUAACUACACAGCAUCACCUUCACCUCCGUCGGCUCCAUCAUCGCUCAGGAAAUCUUCUGAACGCUCUUCAUCAGCAACACAUACACCGUCGCCUCGUGAAAACGUCUAUACCUACGCACCAUCACCUCUAGCGGCUCCAUCAUCACUAGGGCAAUACUCUGAACAUUCGUCAUCACAGGCGCAAAACGUUUUACAUCCAAUUGCAUCAAACAUAAUAAUUAACAAUCCUGCUUCAAUGCCACCGCCUUCAUUUGCUUCAUCUACACCAUUAGUGAUACAAGUCAAUACAGAUUCUCUAAAUGAACAGGAUAGUUAUAACCUACACAUUCCAUCAACAAUUGAUGCCACUCCCCAAAUCCCACCUUCUGAUGCUACUUCUCAAUUUACAUAUUCAGAGUACAAUGUUGGUACACUGUUUGCUGAGUUUAAGGCGGAUUUGUGAUUGAUUUGAUUUUUGAUUUUUCUUGAUUUUCCUUGAUUUUGAUUUUCCUUGAUUUUCCUUUUUAAAUAAAAAAAUAAAUAUGAACCUAUGUGUUUUAAUAGUAUAUUAGAAAUACUUACAUAACUGUACAAAUUAUGAUUGGGUACAUUUAAUUGCUUACGGGACAUACUAAAAAAGGGGUGCUAUUGACUGGAAAUGACUUACCUUUAUG